GAACCUACACUGCACUAUGUGCACUAUCUACAAAGAGUAUAGCGGAGGGAGAAGAAGACGGGGAGCAGCCCGAGCAUGAGACGGAUGACAAACCCACCCCUUCUCGCCGUUCUGUGUCACGUCUGCCACUCGUCGCACCUCCACGAAAGAGGCAAUUGGAAAGCGAUGAUCUCACUCCUUCCAAGGCCAAGAAGAAGAAAAAUACUAGCGAACCUUCGAGCUCACGUGAUUCUGCAGCGAGUCGACAAAAAGCCGAUGCUGGCGACGACGAACUUUCCUUUGCAAAUGUCAUCACGUCUACGAACCCAGCUGGUAGAAGAGAGACCAAUGAGGAGGAAGAGCCACUGUUUUAUCCGAUGUCUCAGGCAUCGCAAUCGUUGCGGGAUGCCGGGUGGGGAGAUGUUGAGCAUUUGAGCCAAGCUCAACUUGCAGAGAUGCUAGAUGAUGAUAUAGAUAUCCAGGGUGACGGUGAUACAACGAUGAGGGAUGCAGAGGAAGAAGACCGCGAGGGAGUGCGGAUGGGUGGGACGCAAGAUUUCAUACCACCAACACAGAACCAGCAAAGUAGCUCUUUCCAACCGCUAUUCUAUGACUAA